AUGAAGAGUGUGGAGAUGGAAUGGGUGAGAGAUGAUGAGAAGGAGAUUAUAUACAAUGCAAGACUAUGGUGGCCACAAUAUGCUCGUAGCCAUUACGUCAAAAGCACUUUAUUAGUGAUAACAACAGCUGCUUAUUUUGACAACUGCGUGGCCACGUUAGAAGACAAGAACUGCACAAAUUUUGGUAGUUUAUUAACAAAUGCCAU